UAAAUCUACGAAAUUACAGAAAAGCCAUGCCAAUGUGAAGAGAAUCAUUGAAUCAAGAAGAACGAUUGGGGGUAAAUUAGUCAUUAAUUUGGUCUAAGCAUGAAACAGCUUCCAGCCGAUGGUGCCUUAUGCCACGGGCAAAAAAAAAGACCAAACACGCUAAACAAAACUAACAAACAAAGUAACAAACAUUCCCUUCAAAUUCGGAAAAUGAGAAUCUCAUAAUCUAUUUAUUACACUCCCAAAAACGCUAACAAAUCGUUGAAUAGAAUAAUUAAGCAGGUAAUUAAAUCCUAAACCGUGAGAGAAUCUCGAAUCUCGAUCCUCUCUUAAAUAUCAGUCUUAUCUUCAUCCUCCUAAAAUCUUCUUAAUUGUCUCUCUCUCUCUCUCAAAAACCAAACACUAUCUCUCGAGUAUCACAAGGAGAUAUGGGGAAUAAUGAAAUGUCAGCCAGCGAGGUUGCGGCGGCUAGGCAGAAGAACGUCGACGAUUGGUUACCGAUCACAUCCUCCAGAAACGCUAAGUGGUGGUACUCUGCUUUUCACAAUGUCACCGCCAUGGUUGGUGCUGGUGUUCUCAGCUUGCCCUACGCUAUGUCCAAUCUCGGAUGGGGACCUGGUGUGACGAUUAUGGUGAUGUCAUGGUUAAUAACUAUGUACACACUGUGGCAAAUGGUGGAGAUGCAUGAGAUUGUUCCAGGGAAGAGGCUUGAUAGGUAUCACGAGCUAGGUCAACACGCUUUUGGCGAAAAGCUUGGCCUAUGGAUCGUCGUGCCGCAGCAGCUUAUCGUGGAGGUCGGUGUGGACAUCGUUUAUAUGGUCACAGGAGGAGCAUCCCUUAAGAAAGUCCAUCAACUACUCUGUUCCGAUUGCAAAGAGAUCAGAACUACAUUUUGGAUCAUGAUCUUUGCUUCCAUCCAUUUUGUUAUCUCUCACCUUCCCAAUUUCAACUCUAUCUCCAUCAUCUCACUCGCCGCGGCUGUUAUGUCCUUAACUUACUCAACUAUCGCUUGGACUGCUUCGGUGCACAAAGGGGUACAUCCAGAUGUGGACUACACUCCUAGAGCCUCUACCGAUGCUGGAAAAGUAUUCAACUUCUUGAAUGCGUUGGGAGAUGUGGCUUUUGCCUAUGCAGGUCACAACGUUGUGUUGGAGAUUCAGGCCACAAUCCCUUCGACUCCGGAGAUGCCAUCCAAGAUCCCAAUGUGGAGAGGAGUUGUUGUAGCCUACAUUGUAGUCGCCAUCUGCUACUUCCCUGUAGCAUUCCUCGGCUAUUAUAUCUUUGGAAACAGCGUUGAUGACAACAUUCUCAUCACUUUGGAGAAGCCUGUCUGGCUUAUUGCCAUGGCUAACAUGUUCGUGGUUGUCCACGUCAUUGGAAGCUAUCAGAUAUUUGCAAUGCCGGUAUUUGACAUGAUGGAAACCGUUUUGGUCAAAAAGAUGAAUUUCGAUCCUUCCUUCAAGCUCCGCUUUAUCACUCGUAGCCUUUACGUCGCUUUCACGAUGAUCGUUGCGAUAUGCGUCCCGUUUUUCGGUGGACUACUUGGCUUCUUUGGAGGAUUCGCCUUCGCCCCAACAACUUACUACCUUCCAUGCAUUAUUUGGCUCGUUCUCAAGAAACCAAAGAGGUUUGGUCUAUCUUGGACAAUUAACUGGUUCUGCAUCAUAGUAGGAGUUCUUUUGACGAUCCUAGCCCCAAUUGGAGGUCUCAGAACCAUCAUUAUCAACGCCAAGACGUACAAGUUCUUCUCUUAGAUCGAUCACUUUUUGUAACCACACAAACGAAAAAUAAAAUCACGGCCUGUCUAAUUUUAUGUGACUGUCCGUGUAAGUAAAUUUAUGUUCUCAUUUGUAGUUAAGACGCUUGAUUUUAUUAUAUAUGUUUGGUUUCGUUUUGAUAUUAAACUCUUUUAUAUAA